AUGGCUUCCACACCGCUCCCCUUGACCACUGCGGUUGAGGCGCAUCUGAUCACCAACAUUAUUCUGGUUGCUGUCACGGUGCUCGUGGUCGGACUACGAGUCCUGUCUCGAAUUCUAGCGCGAUCGCGGUUGGGAGCUGACGAUUACUUGACUGCUCUUGCUCUUCCUCAAGGGGUUGCCAUGUUGGUGUUGCAAGCAUUUUUGGCAAGAUCGGGCCUUGGUUACGAAUACUCAGCUAUUGCUGGGAACUGGUAUUUCAUAAAGACGCUCCUUCUGCCCUUCGACAUGCUCUUCGGCGCCUGUAUCUUGACGACGAAACUCAGCGUCUUGUUCUUCUACAGCCGCGUAUUUACCAGUCGCUCCAUGCGCCUUGCGACCAUAGUGACGGUGACCGUGGUGUCAGUCACAAGAAUCGCCCUAAUGAUUGGCGUCAGCGAUUUAGACGAGGUCCUGAGCAGCAUGAUAAUCGUCACGUUUAUGACCGUCCUCGAGGCAAACCUGAGCAUACUUUGCAACAGCCUACCCAUGCUUCUUCCGCUCUACACCUAUUGGAAACAGCGCCGGUUCGGCGGAGAUGGGGAGGACGAGUACGUGUCGAGGCUCAGGGGGGACAGCCAGUCGCACAGGCAUGAGCACCUGGUCGAAGACCUCACCAACGGGAUUGCGCUGGAGACCAUUUAUGGGAAGGACAACGUGCACUUCACAACGACCGUCGGGCGGGGCGACUCGUCGAGACGGACGAAUUACGAACAAUCCGAGGACGACGGGUCGGACUCGGAGUCGACGAGGAGGCUUCCGCGCAAUGCGCAGGCCAUUACGAUCGAGACGAAAUGGUCGAUAACGGAGGAGACCGUGAAAUAG